CCCAAGCCCUCUGUCCGUCUCCUCUGGUAGGUUCCACAAUGGUACAGGCAGCCUCCCGCUGCACAAUGGUUUCCAGGCAGUGAGAGGGUGAUUCAGCAAGCCGCUCUCUCUUCUCUUAAGCCUCCUCGUCUCCGUUUAUUUUUAUGGGGGUGGGUGGUGCUUCUUAUAUGCUUACCCUUUUUUUUUUCUAUUUUCAUUUUUACAUAUUUCCCUUUUCUUCCUCACUCCUCAAUUCCUAGGGGCUUGAGUGAGCUAAAGAUUGGGUCUUCUUGGAAAUCACCUGUCUGUUAUUAUUUUUAAACAAUCUCUGCACCUCCAAAGACUCUCCUCCUUAUUCCGGCUUGGAAUGUGGCUAAUGAAAGCCCAGUAGGGAGGAUUUCUGGGGCAAACAGGCGGACCAGGAUCCUGGUUCUCAGGCACGGAAUGGCUAUUGUGAGAGCGCCACCAGCAGGACCAUCGCAGAUCUCGGUUAUGGCUGCUCACGCAAGAGGCUGUUGAUGUAGACCCCCUUUCCCGUAGAUGAGAAAUCACACGAGCAGUGGUAUUUAUGAGCCUCCAUUUCUUAUACUACUGCAGUGAACCAACCUUGGAUGUGAAAAUUGCCUUUUGUCAGGUGUGUGUUCCUUACAGGUAAAACAAGGGAUUCGACAAACACGUGGAUGUGUCUUCUGUUGCCAAACAUUACAACAUGAGCAAAAGCAAGGUAGAUAACCAGUUCUACAGUGUGGAAGUGGGAGACUCAACCUUCACAGUUCUUAAGCGCUACCAGAACCUGAAGCCGAUCGGCUCUGGGGCUCAGGGAAUAGUUUGUGCUGCGUACGACGCUGUCCUCGACAGAAAUGUGGCCAUUAAGAAGCUCAGCAGACCCUUCCAGAACCAAACUCAUGCCAAGAGGGCUUACCGGGAGCUGGUCCUCAUGAAGUGUGUGAACCAUAAAAACAUUAUUAGCUUAUUAAAUGUAUUUACACCCCAGAAAACACUGGAGGAGUUCCAAGAUGUUUACUUAGUGAUGGAACUGAUGGACGCCAACUUGUGUCAGGUGAUUCAGAUGGAGCUGGACCACGAGCGGAUGUCUUACUUGCUGUACCAGAUGCUGUGCGGCAUCAAACACCUCCACUCCGCUGGGAUCAUCCACAGGGACUUAAAACCCAGUAACAUCGUAGUCAAGUCUGAUUGCACACUGAAAAUCCUGGACUUCGGACUGGCCAGGACAGCGGGCACAAGCUUCAUGAUGACUCCGUAUGUGGUGACGAGAUAUUACAGAGCCCCCGAGGUCAUCCUGGGCAUGGGCUACAAGGAGAACGUGGACAUAUGGUCUGUGGGCUGCAUCAUGGGAGAAAUGGUCCGUCACAAAAUCCUCUUUCCCGGAAGGGACUAUAUUGACCAGUGGAACAAAGUCAUAGAGCAGCUAGGAACUCCGUGUCCAGAAUUCAUGAAGAAAUUGCAGCCCACCGUCAGAAACUACGUGGAGAACCGGCCCAAGUACGCAGGCCUCACCUUCCCCAAGCUCUUUCCAGAUUCCCUCUUCCCAGCGGAUUCUGAGCACAAUAAACUUAAAGCCAGCCAAGCCAGGGACUUGUUGUCAAAGAUGUUAGUGAUUGACCCAGCGAAGAGGAUAUCGGUGGAUGACGCAUUGCAGCAUCCGUACAUCAACGUUUGGUACGACCCUGCUGAAGUGGAGGCGCCUCCGCCUCAGAUAUAUGACAAGCAACUGGAUGAAAGGGAGCACACCAUCGAAGAAUGGAAAGAACUCAUCUACAAGGAAGUAAUGAACUCAGAAGAGAAGACUAAGAACGGCGUAGUCAAAGGCCAGCCCUCACCUUCAGGUGCAGCAGUGAACAGCAGCGAGAGUCUCCCUCCAUCUUCGUCCGUCAACGACAUCUCCUCCAUGUCCACCGACCAGACCCUCGCAUCCGACACUGACAGCAGCCUGGAAGCCUCGGCGGGACCGCUGGGUUGUUGCAGGUGACUAGCCGCCUGCCUGCGAAACCCAGCGUUCUUCAGGAGAUGACGCCAUGAUAGAACACAGCGCACAUGCACACACACAGAGCUUGCACGCACGCACACACACACACACACACACACACACACGCACGCACGCACGCACGCACGCACACACACACACACACACACACACGCACGCACGCACAAAUGCACUCACGCAAUGUCAAGAAAAAAAAAAGUAGCGAGAGAGAGAGAGAGAGAGCCAAAGUAAAACUAAGUUAAAUCUUUCUGCGUGCUUCUCCAGAGUUCUGUAUCGCAGCUGAGCUGAAAUGUAUACUUAACUUCUAGUCACGCUCGCGCGCUCGCUUUGGUCUCCCUCCGGCAGUGCUUACUACACAAGACAAACCAGACACAAUUAGAGAAGCCUUUCCCUAAAGUGUAACUUAAGUGGCUGCAGAACCAGCAACCUGUAACCGCCCUUCAAAUGGCAUGAGGAGGUGGGCACCGGCCCCGCCCAGCAUGUGUGUGUCUCUAUCUCGCGUCUACCUGCUCCUUUCGGCCUAGUCAGAUGGGUGUAGAUACAGACCCGCAUGUGUCUGUAUGCAAACGGCACCUAGAGAUGCUCCUGUCAGUGUCCUCAAGGCUCCAACAAGACGCGCACCGGGCUACCACAUGGUCCCUGUCAUGUGACCUAUUACUCUGACAUAAAUCCAUCUGUAAUAUAUUGCCAGUAUAUAAGCCGUUUAGUUUGUCAAUUGAUUAAGCUGUAUGUCUUAUAAGAGACUAUGUAAAGGGGGAAUAUGGAGGAGUGAACUCUCAGACCCUUGAAGAUGUAGCUUCCGGAUUUGAACCGAUUAAAUGGCACCUGUAUACCGAUUUGUA